CGGGGCAGUGGCGGGAGGGCCGCGUACAGCCGGCACGGCGCCUUAAAGGGGCCUCGUCCGGGAGCGGCGGUGGUGGGCUGCGCGGGGCAGAUAUCCCCCCCAGCCAUGGCACAGUGGGAGAAGGUGCAGGAGCUGGGCAGAACCCACCUGGAGCAGGUGCUUCAGCUGUAUCGCAGCGACCUGCUGCCCAUGGAGGUGCGGCAUUGCCUGGCCGCCUGGAUCGAGGACCAGGCCUGGCAGCAGGCAGCAGAGCCGGGCUCAUCGCAGGCACGUAUGCUGCUGUAUGCACUGCUGGCAAAACUGGAUGAGCAGUAUGGGCGCUGCAACACUGAGGCUGAUGGCUUUGUGCUGCAGCACAACCUGCGCAAGGCCAAACACGAUCUGCAGGCCAGGUAUGAGGAGUGCCCCGAGGAGCUGGCCAACGUUAUUGCCAACCUGCUGCGGGAGGAGAAGAGGAUCCUGAGCCUGGGGCUUGAGGCCCAGCAGCAGAAGAUAGAGCAGCGCCUGAACGAGAUGCAGGAGUCCAUGCAGAACCUGGAACGCUCGGUGCGGCACCUGGAAGAACUGCAGGACACCUUUGACUUUGUCUACAAGAUAAACCAGGUCAGCUAUCAGCACGACCCGCUGGAGACGGAGCCGGGGCUGCUGGAGCGCCGCAUCCGUGAACAGCUUGCCAGCCUCCUGCGCAGUGCCUUUGUGGUGGAGGAACAGCCGGCCAUGCCCCAUCCCAGCCGGCGCCAGCUGGUGCUCAGGACCAACCAGAAGUUUUCCACCUGCAUCAGGCUCCUGGUGAAGCUGCAGGACCGGAACCAGCAGUUGGUGGUGAAGAUGGAGUGUGACAAGGAUCCCCCAAAUGUGAAGGGGUUCCGGCGCUUCAAUAUCCUGACAUCGCCCAACAAGACGCUGAUGCUGGACGAGAGGCAUCGCAAAGGGCUGGUCUGCGACUUCCGCCAUGUGACGCUGAAGGAGCAGAAGGCUGUGGGCUCUGGCAAGGGCAGCAAAGGUGCCAGUGAGGGCCUGCUACCGGUAACGGAGGAGCUGCACCUCAUCACCUUCACGUUAGACUACAAGUACCAGGAUGUGGAGCUGCAGCUGCAGACAUCCACUCUGCCCGUGGUGGUCAUCUCCAAUGUCUGCCAGGCCUCAGCUGCCUGGGCCUCCAUCCUCUGGUUCAACCUACUCAGCCUUAAUCCCAAGGACCAGCUGUUCUUCCAGACGCCCCCCCCUGCUCCCUGGCCUGUGCUGGCCGAGGCGCUGAGCUGGCAGUUCAUGGCUGCUGCCGGGCGUGGGCUGGACCCCAACCAACUGCACAUGCUGGCUGAGAAGCUCUUUGGUAUGAUGGGGCUGAUCUUGGGCUUUGUGAGCAAGAAGCGGGAGCGGCAGCUGCUGCGGCGGCGGCAGACUGGGACCUUCCUGUUGCGCUUCAGCGAGAGCUGCCGUGAGGGCGGCAUCACCUUCACCUGGGUGGAGCACGGGAGCAGCGACCGCCCCGAGUUCUGCUCCGUGGAGCCCUACACCAAGGUGGAGCUGGAGUCACUGCCGCUGGCCGACAUCAUUCGUGACUACCACAUGCUGGCACACAAGAAUGUGCCCGAGAACCCGCUCAAACUGCUGUACCCCUCGCAGCCCCGAGACGAGGCCUUUGGGGCCUAUUACAGCAACAGCCGCAAAGUGGAUCUGCUGGCCCAGAGGAAGUAUCUGAACCGCCGGCUCAUCCCAGUCUCCUCUAGUUUCUCCCUACAGGACUCCCCUCCCGGCUUCUCCUUCUGGACCUGGCUGGAGGGGAUCUUGGAGCUGAUCCAUAAGUACCUCUCCCUGCUGUGGAAGGAUGGGCUGAUCUUGGGCUUUGUGAGCAAGAAGCGGGAGCGGCAGCUGCUGCGGCGGCGGCAGACUGGGACCUUCCUGUUGCGCUUCAGCGAGAGCUGCCGUGAGGGCGGCAUCACCUUCACCUGGGUGGAGCACGGGAGCAGCGACCGCCCCGAGUUCUGCUCCGUGGAGCCCUACACCAAGGUGGAGCUGGAGUCACUGCCGCUGGCCGACAUCAUUCGUGACUACCACAUGCUGGCACACAAGAAUGUGCCCGAGAACCCGCUCAAACUGCUGUACCCCUCGCAGCCCCGAGACGAGGCCUUUGGGGCCUAUUACAGCAACAGCCGCAAAGUGGAUCUGCUGGCCCAGAGGAAGUAUCUGAACCGCCGGCUCAUCCCAGUCUCCUCUAGGCAGGUGGAUGACCCCCCCAGCCAGACAGAGGAGGGGGCAGCCCCAGCCCCGGUAGUGGAGCUGGAGCCCAGGGAUGUACUGGGGCCAGAGGACCUGGAGCUCAUUGAGGGGUUGAGCCUGGAGCCUGGAGCCAUGGAGCAGCUGGAGGAAAGCCUGGUGCUGGAAGGCAUCCUGCCCGAUGUGUUGCAGCGGGGGACUGACCCCUACAUGCCGACCCCGGACGAUGGGGUCCUGCUGGAACCAGGCAGCCCAGAGUCCCUGUUUGCCGAGGCUGGGGACAUCCCCCUUCUACAGGUUGACUCCAGGGACUUCCAGUGAUGGCAAUUUAUUGGGGGUCCCCCAGACCCUGUCCUGUCA